UGCGUAACUACGUUUUGUGUACGGUAGCAUUUUAGCUAAAAGUUAGCUUCAAGGUGGCGAAUGUCCUGCUAUUCUAAAUUUGUAACACUUUCUAACAUUCACUAAUAUUUUUUAGGCGUUUUCAAACUUAAACAUUUGUGGUUUGUUUUUAUUUAUUAGUUCAUCUUACAGUUUUUGGUUCGCUUGUUGUCUUUUGGCUAAGAGGCUAACAACAGCCCCCACACUGUCAUGGAGGGUAACGGGAGAGUGAGGGAAGCGUUGUCCGGGCCUCUCGUACCUUCAGCGGUCACAAUGCCGGUGGCUCUCCAUCCUCCAGAGGACAAGGAGAAAGGAAGGUUAAAGAGAAAAAUCCUCGACGAAGAAGAGUACAUCGAGAGUUUGGAGAAAAUCAUCCAGAGGGACUUUUUUCCAGAUGUUACAAAAUUGCAAGCGCAGAAGGACUACCUUGAAGCAGAGGAAAGUGGAGACCUGGAGAGAAUGAGGCAGAUAUCAAUCCGAUAUGGAUCAUCUUUGACCAAAUCCACCCCACAAACCUCUGCACCUUAUGUGACUCCUGCCAGCUUUGAGACACCAGUGGGCCACUCAGGAUCUCCGUCCUCCACGUACCAUAGUAAAAGUUCAGAUGUUGAAAAUAAAGAUAAUGACACAGAAGAGAAAAAGCUUCCCAGUUUGGAUCGUUUUCUUGCUAAAAAUACCAGCGAGGAUAAUGCAUCAUUUGAGCAGAUCAUGGAUCUGGCAGAAGACAAGGAGAAAUUGAGGCAUGCGUGGUUAUAUGAAGCAGAAGCUGAAUUUAAACAGCGCCAUGAAGAGAACCUCGCCUUACCGUCAGCAGAGAAAGCUGCUCUUGAAUGUGUCAAAGCUGGACUGGAGACUUGGGAGUACAAGGCAAAGAACGCCUUGAUGUAUUAUCCAGAAGGUGUGAAAGACGAUGAUGCUGUGUUUGUCAAGCCAAGGGAAGUAAUUCACAAGAACACGCGAUUUGUUGGAGAUCCAUUCAGCAAAGCUCUUAACAAAAGUCAGAUUCAACAAGCUGCGGCCCUCAAUGCACAGUUUAAACAGGGCAAAGUGGGGCCUGAUGGGAAAGAGCUCAUACCGCAUGAAUCCCCAAAAGUAAAUGGCUACGGUUAUGAAAGGACUCCUUCCCCUGCACCAGGUGUUUCUGAGUCACCUCUGAUGACCUGGGGUGAGAUUGAGAGCACACCUUUUCGUCUGGAUGGAUCAGACACCCCGUACGUUGAGAGGAACCACGGCCCAUCGUUCAAGAUACCAGAGCCAGGAAGACGAGAGCGGUUGGGCUUGAAGAUGGCUAACGAAGCUGCUGCUAAAAACCGUGCAAAGAAACAGGAAGCGUUAAGAAAAGUUACGGAAAACCUCGCCAGUCUCACACCAAAAGGUCUGAGCCCGGCUCUCACCCCUGCCCUGCAGCGGCUUGUAAAUCGGACAUCCAGCAAAUACACCGACAAAGCACUGCGGGCGAGUUACACCCCUUCACCCUCACACAGAGUCACUCCCUGCAAGACUCCCUUCAACGGACCCGCCACUCCGACUGGAACACCAACGCCAAACAAAGCCAAGACCCCGAGUGCUCAGGACCUCACGUCGCUCACAGACAAUCUGCUGCAGCUUCCCAAGAGACGGAAGGCCUCCGACUUUUUCUAGAAGGAGCCACUCUGCUCAGAUUGUGUAGAGAAAAAGACUCAUUGUAAUGUGGGGGAGCUGUUAUGACUUUCAAACAGGUUUUUCAAAAUAAGAGCACAUCUUUGCUGUAGAUGGUGAUUAAAAAUAUGUACAGUGGAUUAAAUGCUUUUUAUUUUUUGUUACAUUUUAUUUAUAAGCUUUACUGUGAAAUACAUUCUAAUCCUCAAUCUUUGGGUUAUUUGGAUUUCUGUUAAUGUAUGUUUUCUGAGAAUAACAAAAACACCUCGGAUCCUAAGAUGAAGCUCUGUUCCACGUUUGUCUUUAGAACUAAUUAAUUGGAUGACACAGUUUUAAAUUUCAAAAAACAAGCACACGACCUGCAGUAACCCCAUUAGUGGAAAAAUGUUUGUUCAGUAUUUUCUUCUGUUACAAUAGAAAACCUCAGCUGAGCUUUUAUAGGAAACAUUCGAUCACUAAAUAAUUUGAGCUCAAUGAUACCCGGAAAAAAGCUAUAAUUUAGUUUAUAGUCAGAUGCCAUACCCUUUGUUUCU